GUGUUUAUACGUGUAGAAAUAUUUUGAUUUUGUUUUUUGAAAAUGCAUUUAUCCUCAUCCCCAAAGCCGCACACACAAGCAGUACGACUAUCACACUCUGCCGCCUUCUCCAACUUCACUGGUAAGCCACCAUACUUCUCCACUCUCCUCACGCAUGUUAGAUGUUUGUAAUAUUGUCUCAAUGGCACUUUCUCCAUUUCACCCCUACCCUUUCCCUCGCACCUUAAUCCAUUCACCAACAACAACAACAACAACAACACCCUUCUCUUUCUCCUCCUCCUCCUCCAAUUCAAACUUCAAAAAAUUCACUACUCUUUGCACCACCACUUCUUCCACAACACACCACCCUCUCCCUCCUCCCAAUUCCUUCGAUUACAAUAAAAUCCUUCAUCAACAACUCACCCAAUCCCCUUCCUUCGAUUCCAUCACAACUCUUCUCAAACAAAUCAAAUCUUCUGGUUUCAUUCCAAACGCCACCAAUUUCUUUACUCUUAUUCAAUGUUUGACCAAUUUUCACCAAAUUGAACAAGUGCUUAAUAUCAUGGAUAAUGAAUUAGGGUUUUACAAUAUUGCUUUGAAUGCUCUUGUUGAAGAUAAUAACCUUAAGCUAGUUGAAAUGCUGCAUUCCAAAAUGGUUCGUGAUGGUAUUGUUUUUAAUGUUUCUACUUUCAAUGUUUUGAUUAAGGCUUUGUGUAAAGCGCAUCAAUUAAGACCUGCUAUUUUGAUGCUUGAGGAUAUGGUGAAUCAUCAUGGGUUGUACCCUGAUGAGACAACUUUCACUACGUUGGUCCUAGGUUUUAUUGAAGAAGGUGAUUUUAAUGGUGCUUUGAAGAUAAAAAAACAAAUGGUGGAGUAUGGUUGUUUGUUAACAGAUGUGACUGUGAAUGUUUUGGUUGGAGGUUUUUGCAAACACGGUCGUGUUGAGGAAGCUCUUAGAUUUAUUCAUGAGGUUUAUAAGGAGGAAGGGUUUUAUCCUAAUCAGGUUACUUUUAAUUCUUUGGUGAAUGGGUUUUGUAAAAUUGGAGAUUUUAAUGAUGCUUUGAAAAUUGUGGAUUUAAUGAUUGAGAAUGGGUUUGAUCCUGAUGUGUAUACAUAUAACUCUUUGAUAUCUGGAAAGUGUAAAUUAGGUGAAUUUGAUGAGGCAAUAGAAAUUUUGCAACAGAUGAUCAUGAGAGAUUGUUCUCCAAAUACUGUAACUUACAAUACACUUAUUAGCGCUUUGUGUAAGGUGAAUGAAAUUGAAGCUGCCACUGAACUUGUCCGAAUUCUUAUUAGUAAAGGGAUGUUGCCGGAUGUUUGUACGUUCAAUACUUUGAUACGUGGUCUCUGCUUGACUAAGAACCGAGAGAUUGCGAUGGAGCUGUUUGAGGAGAUGAAGAAGAAAGGGUGUCAACCCGACGAGUUCACGUACAGUAUAUUGAUUGAUAGUUUAUGUUCUGAAAGGAGGCUUAAAGAAGCAUCAAUGCUGUUGAAAGAAAUGGAGUUGAGUGGCUGUGCUAGGAAUGCGGUGGUGUACAACACUUUGAUUGAUGGUUUGUGUAAAAGCAGAAGGGUUGAAGAAGCCGAGGAGAUCUUUGAUCAAAUGGAACUUCAGGGAGUCUCGAGAAAUUUGGUAACAUAUAACACCCUUCUUGAUGGUCUUUGUAAAAGCAAGAGAGUCGAAGAAGCUUCUCAACUUAUGGAUCAGAUGAUAAUGGAAGGAAUAAAGCCUGACAAGUUCACUUAUAAUUCAUUGCUUAAUUAUUUCUGCAGAGUUAGAGAUAUAGAGAAAGCAGCUGAUAUUAUGCAAAUUAUGACUUCAAAUGGGUGCGAACCGGAUAUUUUUACCUAUAGUACGCUUAUUGGCGGACUAUGUAAAUCUGGUAGAGUAGAGGUUGCAAGUAAGCUUCUUCGAUCAAUCCAGAUGAAAGGUAUCGUCUUGACUCCACAUGCUUAUAACCCUGUGAUUCGAGCAUUAUUCAGAAGGAAGAGAACAAAAGAAGCCACGAGGCUUUUCAGAGAAAUGAUGGAAAAGAGUGAUCCACCAGAUUCUCUAACAUACAAGAUUAUUUUCAAUGGACUGUGUAACAGUGGAGGACCGAUACAAGAGGCUGUUGAUUUUACAGUUGAGAUGAUGGAGAAAGGAAUAUUGCCAGAGUUUCCAUCGUUCAGUUUUUUGGCAGAAGGGCUUUGUUCUUUAUCAAUGGAGGACACUCUCAUUGAACUGAUCAAUAUGGUGAUGGAGAAAGCGAAAAUGUCGGAAAGGGAAACAUCUAUCAUCAGAGGCUUCCUCAAGAUACGGAAAUUUAACGAUGCGUUGGCCAAUCUUGGUGGUAUCUUGGAUAGGCAAAAUCCCAGAAGAUAUUGAUUGAGUGACAACUUUGUUGUGACUUGUAUGUUGUAACUGCACUUUUUGUUGCCUUAUUGUGUAACUGGGAAGCACUACAGUGCAUAAAGAGGCUGAAGAAUAUGGUGGAUUAAUUAAACAUAUGGGCAUGAUUCUAAAUUACAGAAUUGGAGUCAAUACAUUUCAGCGAUAGUGACCUUCAUCACGCUGUUCUUGUCACUUUUCUUUCAGCCUCAAAUGUUUCCUGUUUUAGGGAAAAUGCGAACAUGAAACUUGUAAUUGUAACUUGUAACUUUGUAGCCGUGGUGGCAUUCAUAUGAAUGUUUUUCUUAAUAGAUGAUUUAAAAUAUACUAUAAGAGAAGAGUUCACUCA